CAGAUUCAAAUCAAUCUCUAAUAUAUUUUUUUUAAUUAUCAAAAGUCAAACAUUUUUUUGCUUAAAAUCAGGUCAAUUGGUCGAAUAUUUAAAAAAGAUUCCAAGAAUUUAUCCAACCAUUUUUUCCAAAUAUAGCAAUAUCACAUUCUUGCUUAAAUUUGAACUAUAAAGUCAAUUGCUUUACUUCUAAAUAAUCAUCAUUGUAGUUUUCUUAUUUAAACUCCAGUAAAGGUCUAUUUUUAGAACCAUUUCUAUUUCAGCCAUAAGGUGCGAUGAAAGUGUUCGUGAUAUUGUUGCCCAUUUUAUGGGUUCUAGUUGCUCUUCAAGGGGUAACAUCUCAUGAAGAUCACCCUCUAUCAAGAAUUGCCAUUCAUAAGGCAAUUACUGCUUUGGAUGCUCAUGCUUAUAUCAAAGCCGCUCCUUCCGUCCUUGGGUCAAACGGUCUAAACCAAGAAUGGAUAAAUCUGGAGUAUGGCACAAGCAUCCCGUCAAAUGAUGAUUGGAUUGGAGUGUUUUCUCCUGCCAAUUUCAGUGCAGCUACUUGUGACCCUGAAAAUAACAUGGUGACUCCACCACUUUUAUGUACAGCUCCUAUAAAGUAUCAAUUUGCAAAUCGCUCCAAUCCCACCUACAAAAGGACAGGGAAAGGGUCACUAAAGCUUCAAUUGAUCAAUCAGAGAUCCGAUUUCUCCUUUGCUUUGUUUUCCGGUGGAUUACGGAAUCCAAAGCUGGUCGCAGUGUCAAAUACUGUUGCCUUUGCAAAUCCAAAUGCACCAUUAUACCCGCGGUUAGCACAGGGAAAGACGUGGAAUGAAAUGACUGUUACAUGGACUAGUGGAUAUGAUAUCAAUGAAGCAGAGCCCUUUGUGGAGUGGGGUCCACAAGGUGGAAAACAGACUCGUUCACCAGCAGGGACUUUGACUUUUGACCGUAGGAGCUUGUGUGGUGCACCAGCAAGGACUGUUGGAUGGCGCGAUCCUGGAUUCAUUCACACUAGUUUUCUGAAGGAGUUGUGGCCCAAUUUAGUAUAUACCUACAAGUUGGGGCAUAAAUUGGUUAAUGGUAAAUAUAUCUGGAGUCAGACCCACAAAUUUAAAUCGUCGCCCUAUCCUGGUCAAAACUCUCUUCAGCGAGUGGUCAUUUUUGGUGACAUGGGAAAGGAAGAAGCCGAUGGCUCAAACGUGUACAAUCAAUACCAACCCGGCUCCCUUAACACUACCAAGCAAAUCAUUGAGGACUUAAAGAAUAUUGACAUAGUAUUUCACAUUGGGGAUAUCGUUUACGCCAAUGGAUAUCUUUCUCAGUGGGAUCAAUUUACUUCUCAAGUUGAGCCAAUUACUUCAAGAGUACCAUACAUGAUUGCUAGUGGCAACCAUGAACGCGAUUGGCCUGAUAGUGGGUCAUUUUAUGGUAAAAAGGAUUCAGGUGGAGAAUGUGGUGUGUUGGCUCAGACAAUGUUUUAUUUUCCUGCCGAAAAUAGGGACAAGUUCUGGUACUCUACUGAUUAUGGCAUGUUCAGAUUCUGUAUUGCUGAUACAGAACAUGAUUGGAGAGAGGGCACCGAACAAUAUAAGUUCAUUGAAAACUGCUUCGCAUCUGUAGAUAGACAGAAGCAGCCAUGGCUAAUCUUCCUUGCACAUAGGGUACUUGGUUACUCUUCUGGCGAUUUUUACGCCAAUGAAGGUUCAUUUGGAGAACCAAUGGGGAGGGAAAGCCUUCAAAAGCUUUGGCAGAAGUAUAAAGUUGAUAUAGCCAUAUAUGGUCAUGUUCAUAAUUACGAAAGAACAUGUCCCAUUUACCAGAAUAUCUGUACUAUGAAUGAGAAGAACUCGUACAAGGGAACCUUGAACGGGACAAUACAUGUUGUUGCAGGGGGAGGUGGAGCUGGUCUAGUAAAGUUUACAUCUCUCCAGACCAAGUGGAGUAUUUUUAAAGAUUAUGAUUACGGAUUUGUGAAAAUGACAGCAUUCGAUCAUUCAAAUCUGUUAUUCGAGUACAAGAAGAGCAGCGAUGGCAAAGUAUACGACUCUUUCAAUAUUUCCCGGGAUUAUAGAGACAUCUUGGCAUGCACAGUGGAUAGCUGCCCAAGCAUGACAUUGGCAUCUUGAUUGGUUUAUAAAUGAAGAUUUUAAAGUUUGAUUUCUGUUAUAAUGGAAGCAUCCCACAAUACCAUGGAAAAAAUCUCUAUACUUGGAUGCAAAUCCAGUUCAGAGCCACAAGCACCUGGAUCCUCAGAUAUACACUGUCUGGGUGAAUAAAUGAUAAGAGGGAAAUAGGUUGUUCAUUAGCCUUUUCAAGUUUUUUACUUCAUUUGUUAAGAAAGUUCAUGGUUGGGAAGGUAACAAUUUACUGUUCCUUUCAUCUUUCAUAAAGGUCUUUGAAUUAUUGGGAGAGGAAAUUGGUAAAGGAAGCAUUGCACUCUGUUAUGUAUAAGAGAAUCUUUUAUCAAAGUAGUUUUUGUGCUUGCCUUUUGGAACUCCACUGGUUGAAAUCAAUAACAUGGUUGAUUUGGAUU